AUGUCUCUCCGGAGUCCCUUCGGAGUCCCUCGGUGUGCCUCCUCUGCUGGCCAUCGUCCUUGGGAGCCAUGCGGCCGAGGUUGGGCGUGGAGGGGAGUUGCUGGGCAAGCGCGCUACGGCUUGUCGUGGCACAGCGGCGCAUUUUCCCGACAAGGUGUUUCUGGCCUUGGUCAUGGCCCCCGUUCCUGCAUGGCAGCCGCCCCAUCUUUGAAACACCUUGAGAUGGAGAUCCUGGUUCACCAGGUCGUCUCCAACCUCGUCAACCUCGUGUUCGAGAUCCAGGCCUGCAUCAAGCAAACCAAGACCAACGAGGAGGCCAAGGAACAGCUCCUGGAGAGGACCUCCACCCUAGCCACUGUGCUGAAGGAGAUACAGCUCAAGAGGAACUACGAGUUUGAGGGCCUCAGAGAGGCGCUGCUGGGGGUGCACAAGCAGCUGACCAG